AUGAAGUCGGCGAAGCCCCCGUCAGUGGAUGGGCCGUCGAGCAGGCGGUCCCAGCCCGUCCGACAGGCUCGAACCAACCCGUCGCGCGUCUCAAAUCUGCGAGGGCCGAUCGGCGGACGGGACUCUCUGCCCGGCGCUUCCAGCUCUGAUCAGCCCAUCGACAUCUUCCCCGCCGUCACACAUUUCGCCGAUGCGAUCACCGCCCUGCCGAAAGAGCUCGUUCGCCAUUUCACGCUGCUCAAGGAGGUCGAUGCCAAAAUCUUUGCCCCAGAGGAAACCCUGUUCAACCUCGUCGACGCGGCCAUGGCGCCCGUCGCCGCCGCGCAGCCCCCAGCGCCCAACGAGGCGACCACCUCGCUCGCCCCGGUAUCCGCGACCAUGAGCGCGCAGAACAGCUCGACCGGUGUGGCGCACAGCACGCAGGUGCCGCCCGCCCCCUCCGUCGCCGACUCCCACGCGCCCUCCGCUUCCGGCGGCCCCAACCCCGACCCCCGUCGCCAGCUGUACCAGCAGGUGGCCAUCAAGAUACAAGAGAUGCUGGGGUCGCUCGAGGAGAAGAACCACGUCAUCUCGACGGCCAACGACGCCCUGCAGAAACAGCUCGCCCGCAUCGACGAGGUCUGGCCACACGUCGAGAACGAGUUCAGCGACGAGGCCAAGUGGGGGAGCACCACGCAUUGGGCGUACCCCGAAAACCGCGCCGGCAACAAGGCCGCCCACGCCGAGCGCUCACGGCGCGAGGGCGCUGCCGCCAUAUCGGCUGCUGCCCAGGCGCUGGCGGACGAGGCGGCCGCCAGGAGCGACGCCCGGAAGCAGGCCGUCCAGGCGAAGAAGAACCUGAAGACACAGAAUCACGAAAUGGAUCUCGACGACAACGAAGGUCGCGGCAAGACAGAAACUACGAAAAAGGGAGCCAAGGCGCGUAAGACGGCGGCCGACGCUGCCUCUGGCGCGGGCCUGGGCGUUACGACCAAUGGCGCAACCAACGGCACAGCAGCUCAGCCUAAUCGACGAGGGGUCGAGAAGCCGGCGGCCGCAACCGCGACCGGCUUAUCGGGCCUUGGCUGGUGUGUUCGGGACCGAUGCGCCCAAGACCAAGACCUCAAGCCCCAGGGCAGGAACGGUGUCACAGGCAAUCCAACUUCAGCUACAUCAUCGCCCGUCAUUGGAGCGUUUCCAGACGCCAAGCUGCCUCGUGGCUCUCCAGUCCCUUUGCCUGUCAAGGCCCUGGUCGCCGCCCGCGCAAGACAAAACUCUAUACAAUCAACAGCAGAUGCCAACAAGUUGAGACCGUCAUCCUCUGCGUCCAACAAACCGAACGGCGUAACGCAGGGCACGCCAGACCUCCCACUGACGCCCAAUUGGCCGCGGCCGGGGGUGCCCGAACCCAAGCCAACAAAGGAGACGACGACUGCGCCAGCCAAGCCCGACACGGUUAUGAAGGACGCCGAGCCCGUCGAGCCUCUGUCGGUCGCGAGCACCCCCGCCACGAGCAAGAAGGAACUGCCCACAGUACCGAAACAAGAGGAGAUGGACCGCAAGAGCGAGCCUGUGUCGCAGACAGCCACCGCGGCCACCGUGACAAAGAGCGGCCGCGCCAGCAAACCAUCGACACCAGCGUUGCCGAACUUCCCUGACGCCGCCGUGCGCUCGCGUACGUCGCGCAACGCAGACGGCAAGGACGCAGGCAAGCGCAAGAAGAGCACCUCGACUACGACGGUGCAGGCGGCGCAGACGGCGCGGUCCAUAGAGGAGGGCGCCAGGAACGGGAGCGGCGGCGUCGGCGUCGGUGCUGCCGCCGCACCGGGCGAUGAAGAGGAGGGCGACAUUGACGCGGACGAGCCGCGAUACUGCUACUGCAAUAGCGUGAGCUACGGCGAGAUGGUGGCUUGCGACGCCGACACGUGCGAGCGCGAGUGGUUCCAUCUCGAGUGCGUGGGGUUGAAGGUGGCGCCCAAGGGAAACGCGAAAUGGUUCUGCGAGCCGUGCAAGAAGCGUCUGACUGCCGCGGGCAAGAAGGUCAACGGCAGGUAG